UCAAGUGCUGGACUUCUCAACAAACAAACUGAAGGGAAUCUCAACAAGAUUGCCUUGCCACCAGGCCCGGGGUAUUUCACUACUACCUGCUUACCACUAUGUUUCUCCGCAGCCCCAGACUCUAGUGGAAUCGAUUCGUGCGGCGGGUUGGUGUGUGAUGCAUUUGGCCUGCAGAGUUCCAUUGAUGUAGCAUCAAAGAUCGUGUGCUGAAGUGUGCCAGCCUUAUUUUGCUGGAAGUGGAACCACAUAGAACGGUCUUGCCGCAGUGCACCUUCGCCCUUACACAGUUGAUAGUAUUCCACGGCGAUGGAUGAUACAGACGUGGAAGGAGGAUCUCCUAAGCGACACUUAUCUCUCAGAAAUGGCAUUGGCUUGGUGGUGGGUGGCAUUAUUGGCUCUGGAAUCUUCCUGACACCAAAUGGCGUUUUGGAGCAAUCUGGUUCGGUGGGUGCAGCUUUGGCCAUCUGGAUAUUGGCUGGGCUGUUGUCAAUGGGUGGUGCGCUGUGUUACUGUGAGUUGGGUACCUGCAUACCAGAAACAGGAGGGGAGCAUGCGUACUUCCGGAGGGCCUUUGGGCCCCUCUCGGCUUUCACCUUUACCUGGUCGUUGCUGCUGGUCGUGUGUCCGGUGUCGAACGCGCUGAUUUCCCUGACGUUUGCACGCUAUGCUAUCAAGCCAUUCUAUGGCCGACAUGCCGAGGUACCGGGAGGAGCUGAGGAGCGAUUGGCGGUUCUGGCAAUUGCUGCUCUGACCAUAAUAAACUGCAUCAGUGCAAAGUGGGCAACUCGAAUUGCGGACUCGUUUACCGCCCUCAAGCUUGUCGCCAUUGGCUUCCUGGUUUUACUCGGUGCUGCGUGGGUUAGCAAAGGCAAUGUAAGCAAUUUCAAUGAGCCCUUUGCCAACACCACGCUGGGUGCAUCGUCUUUCAACCUUGCAUUCUUUCAGGCCAUCUACCCGUUCACUGGUUGGAACUAUCUGAAUUACGUUGCUGGCGAGAUGACGGAUCCAGCCCGUGACCUCCCACUUGCCGUCGUGUACGGCUUGUGUCUGGUGAUUCUGUGUUAUCUACUCUGCAACCUGUCCUAUUUUGCUAUCCUGUCGAAGAAAGCAAUUCUUGAAACCAAAGCGAUUGCAGUUGAAUCCAUGGUGAAGGUCAUCGGUGACGCAGGCCUUAUUCUGGGACCGCUUUUUGUCGCCACGUCUUGCUGGGGAGCAGCCAACUCCUCAAUCUACACUGCAGGGCGUGUUGGACAUGCAGCAGCUCUGGAGGGCCAUAUGCCCAAGAUAUUCGCACUGGUUCAUCGUCAGUUUGGCACUCCCUUCAUCUCUCUACUGUUUCAGGGUGCAAUGGGCAUUAGCUUCAUCUUGCUAGUGGACAUGACUUCACUGGUGCUGGUGUUUGGCUUUCUGACCUGGACCUUCUUCGGCAUGGCAUUCUUGGCUGUGCUCCGACUGCGCCAAACCGAGCCUGAUCUUGAACGACCAUACAAGGUCAACAAAUUUCUGGCCGUGUUCAUGGUGGCUGCAUCAGCACUGCUUGUACUUAGCUCAUUGAGCCAAUUCCCACGUGAGUGCGUCGGUGCCAUUGGCUUCUUACUUGUUGGUGCCCUGACGUACUAUUUGCUUGUCAAGAGGCAGUUUGCAGAGGCUAUUACUGGACAGUUCUCAGAUCGGUGUGUCCUAUUGGCCCAGCGUCUGCUUCCGCUUGAGCUGAGCACCACUUCUGCAAAGUAGCGCAAGUUUGGAGCCAGAGUAAUGCUCGCACUUCAUCCAUUACUUUGAAACGAAGCUUGCAAGACGGUGCGUACUCGUAUGUAGCUCGUUUUUAGUUUUUGUUUCAUCGGAUAGCCUCCUGUUUCCACUUUGACUUUGUUCUAUCUCUUUGGAGAUAGCCUUUUGUAAGCAGCGACAUUGUCUCCCACCACGUGAUUCCGGUUAUAAAGUCAAAACCCUACCAACACUGCACUGUUGACCAUAAUUUAUCAGCCCAGUCCUCUACUAGAUAGAUUGUGAUAAAGAUCCACAAUUCAGUACUUAGUAUUAAUUUUAUAUCUUAUAUUUUACUACUGAUCUUUCUUGAGAGUGUCGAGAUAGAACGUUUGUUGCAUAUUGUAUGUGCACAUGCUCGCAGCUCAGUGCUUUGUAUGCCUUUCAUGUACAUACAUGUAUGUGCAUGGACGGGUGUCUAUACAUAUGUGCACAAAUAUUAUGUGAAAAACUACCGUUUUAACCCUAACCUAUUUUCGAUUUGUUCAUUUUUACUGGCUGGCCAGGCAUAUGUAUCUCCAUGACUUCUAAACAAACCUUGAGAAUUCAACAA